GCAGAUGAUUCCUCAAAGGCUGCAAAGUCAGGAAGGAAGGCUUCUGAAGAAAUAGAAGAUUACCGCCUCAGACAGCAGAGCCUGGAUGGAUUAGAUGACGGAGGAGAUAUUCCUGUUAUUCCAGAUCUGGAAGAAGUACAAGAAGAAGACUUUGUUUUGCAGGUGGCAGCCCCUCCCAGUGUCCAGGUAAACCGGGUGAUGACCUACCGUGACCUGGACAAUGACCUCAUGAAGUAUGCAGCCUUUCAGACCCUGGAUGGAGAGAUUGACCUGAAGCUCCUCACCAAAGCCCUUGCCCCGGAACACGAAGUUCGAGAAGAUGACGUCAGCUGGGACUGGGACCGUUUGUACACUGAGGUGUCCUCAGAGCUCCUCACCGAGUGGGACCUGCUGCAGACAGAGAAGGAGGACCCUGUGGGGCAGUCCGCACACACCUGAGCCCUUGCGGGGCAGCAGACCACUCUCCCUGCACAGAGUAACCUCCGCUUCGGGCUUGAAAAGAUUCAAUAAGCCUAAAACUAAAGCUUGCCAGCAGCUUAGAAUUUUUAUAUGGAAUGUUUUGUAAUAAAAAUAUUUAUUUUCAGUAGACCACAUUGGAACAUUCAGUCAUAAUAAAUUACUCUUUUUCUGUG